AUGCAACUUCGAACCAUCAUCUCUACUGCUCUUGUAGCGGCACCGCUGGCAGUGUCCGCUGCAGGAACCCUUGGGUUUGCCGUCGGAAACACCAAUCCCGACGGUACCUGCAAGAAAUCCUCCGACUUCGAAUCCGAUUUCAAGGCGAUUAAGGACAACACCGAUGCUGCAAUAGUUCGAACAUAUUCAUCGACUGAUCAAUUUGGAAAUGCUUGCAAUACUCCAUCAGAAGUUCUUCCUGCUGCGAAAUCGGCCGGGAUCAAAGUUCUCUUGGGCUUGUGGCCUGACGGAGGUGCUUGGGAGAAAGAAAAGGCUGCUCUUGACGCAGCGGAUCCUGCUUCGUUCGGCGACGCUCUUUACGGAAUUACAGUUGGGUCAGAGGGCAUGUACCGUGGAACAUACAACGCGGAAGAACUUGUUGGCUGGAUCCAAGAAACGAAGAAAGAUUAUCCCAACACUCUCGUCGGAACUGCUGAUAGCUGGAACUGUUGGGCCAAUGGCUCGAUGGACUCGAUCAUUUCAAGUGGUUUGGAUUUGAUCCUUGCCAACGGAUUCGCAUACUGGCAAUAUCAAGAUAUCAAGAACGCAACCAAAACCUAUUUCGACGACAUGGCACAAGCUCUUGCUCAUGUUCAAGAGGUCACAGGUUCAUUGGACAAGAUCCAUUUCAUGAAUGGAGAAACCGGCUGGCCUGGUACUGGAGGUACUGAUGCUGGUGCAGCAAAAGCAGGCGAUGACAACAUGGAAAGCUAUUGGAAAUCAGCUGUCUGUGGACUCCUUGAUUGGGGUGUCGAUCUCUUUUGGUUUGAAGCUUUUGACGAGCCCAACAAGCCAAGUGCCAUUGGUGAUAAUGGUCAGGAGGCAAGUGAGUCCCACUGGGGCUCUUUCGAUGCUGAGCGCAAUCCCAAAUUCGACAUGCGCUGCUAA